CCACCCUCACUGAGGAAAACAAAAGUUUGAGUUAAAACAUGGUCACGGCGUGCAUUGAGCUGCAGCAGCCGUAUGUGGAUUAAUGCUCGAUGUACAGGACAUCUAAGAGUGGAUAACUACAUAGGCUACUGGAUACAAUGUACUGGAAAAAUGAACAAACCACUGCGAAAGAAAGUCCAAGCAAGAACACUGAUAAACCCCAGGAGCUGUUUGAGGAGGUGUCGUGUUCGUCGUCGCUUUCUUUGUCGCCCAGCUCUUCACCUCAUGCCAUGACCGAGAAAGCCGUCUGUACCAGCUGUGGCACUGAGAUCGUCGACAAAUAUCUACUCAAGGUGAACGACAUGUGCUGGCACGUGAGAUGCCUGUCGUGCAGCGUGUGCCAAACAUCUCUGGGCAGACACAUCAGCUGCUAUAUAAAAGAAAAGGAGAUAUUCUGUAAAUUGGACUACUUCAGGAAAUAUGGAACCCGUUGCGCUCACUGUGGCAGGAACAUCCAUUCAAACGACUGGGUCCGCAGAGCAAAAGGGAACACCUACCACCUGGCUUGUUUUGCUUGCUUCUCCUGCAAAAGACAGCUGUCCACAGGAGAAGAGUUUGCCUUGGUGGAUGAGAGGGUUCUGUGUCGUGUGCACUACGACUGCAUGUUGGACAACCUCAAACGCGCCAUGGAGAAUGGAAAAGGAGUGAAUGUGGAGGGAGCCGUUCCCUCAGAGCAGGAAGUAAAUCAGCCUAAACCAGCCAAGAGGGCACGCACAAGUUUCACAGCUGACCAGCUACAGGUAAUGCAAGCUCAAUUUGCUCAGGACAACAAUCCAGAUGCCCAGACUUUACAAAAGUUGGCAGAAAGAACCGGUCUAAGCCGGAGGGUUAUUCAGGUUUGGUUCCAGAACUGUCGAGCUCGUCAUAAGAAGCAUGUCAGCCCAAAUCACUCUUCAGCCGCUCCAGUGUCAUCUCUGCAGUCUGCUCAACUCUCGCCUCCUCUAAUAGAUGAACUUCAGUACACCGCUUUUGCCCCCGUGGACAACCCUAUGCUGACUGCGCUACACUCCUAUAUGGAUGUCCACUCUCCCACUUCACUGGUGCUGCAGCCUCUCUUGCCCCACUCGAUGACACAGCUGCCCAUCAGCCACGCCUGAGACGCCCACCGCCCCACGGUCAGGUCAGAGGACCGCAUGAGGAAAUACUGAUUCUUCUAUUGACUGAGUCUUGAACAAGACCCAUGCUACUUUAUCUUUCAUGGGCACUUACUGAAGGAUAUCUGUCUUGCAAUGAUCGAAAUGAAAAGUCUCUCUAAUUGUGAAAAGAGCCUGAAGUUUUUGUUUAAUAUAUUAUAUAUAUAUAUAUCUAUAUAGUGAUGGAAUAAAUGGCAUUUAAUUUAUUUCUUGUAUGUGACUGAGCACUUUGUUUUAAAAUAAAUCUACCAUGGAAUUCUUAGUUUCUGGUUUAGUCGACGCACAUUGUUUUGUUUUUGAUGGUUCUAAAGAAAAUGGGAAGGUGAAGAAAAGCCAAUAAAAUCUGAUUUGCCUCUA